AUGGGCAACUGCAGCAGCUUCAGUCUUCCAAAAUGGAUAUUCGGUGAUCUGCACAACAAUGGCAUGGUUUCCAUUGAAGGGGAUGGAACUCAUGAAGGCAUAAAGACGAUCCGGAUUCAGAAAGCUUGCGAGUUCACAGCCAGCUCCGUGCUUUGUGUCUGCAUUAUCACAUGGAACAUGAAUGGCAAGAUGUCUGUGGAGGACAUAAGAAAGCUGGUGAGCUCCACCAGGAAGUUCGACUUGCUGGUUGUGGGGCUGCAAGAAGUCCCGAAAUGUGGCGUCGAACAAGUUCUGCAAGAAGCCAUGGCUGAUACACACAUCUUGUUAUGCCAGAAGGCCAUGCAGUCUAUUCAGAUGUUUCUUUUCGGGGCAAAGAGUUCGGAAGCGUACAUCAAAGAAAUGAAGGUGGAUGAACACGCAGUCGGAGGCUGCGGUGGCGUAAUUGGGAGGAAGAAAGGAGCUGUGGCCAUGUACGUAAACUUUAGUGGGAUCCGGAUGGUGUUUGUGUCCUGCCAUCUUGCAGCCCAUGAACGCAAGGUGGAGAAGAGGAACUCUGAAUGCCGGCAUAUUUCGCACUCGCUGUUCUCCAAGAAUGACAUACAUUAUGCCAAAUCUGCCGACAUAACAGUGUGGCUCGGUGACUUGAAUUACAGAUUAGAAGGAAUAAGCUCGAUGCCAGCAAGGAAAAUGAUCGAGGAGAAUCGCCAGAGUAAGCUAAGAGACAGAGACCAGCUGCUGCAAGAAGCUGAGAAGGGUCAAGUCUUCCAUGGGUACUGUGAAGGGACCUUGUCUUUUAAGCCAACAUACAAAUAUAAUGUCGGAAGUAGCAACUACGAUUCAAGUUACAAGAUCAGAGUGCCAUCUUGGACAGAUAGGAUAUUGUUCAAGGUUGACCAUUCUUCUGGCUUGGAUGCGGUGUUAAGUUCAUAUGAAGCACUUGACUGUGUUAGCAGCUCUGAUCACAAGCCUGUGAAAGCUCAUCUUUGUCUGAAAGUAUGUGGUGGUGAUUCAUAG